CAAAAAAAAAAAUUCUACAAAACAACGCUUUCGCUAAUUAUAUGCAGGCGCUUGUAGGACACAUUCCGCGAAGACCCCAAUGCUCUUGCAUUAUCCGGCGCAAUAGGGCUCUACUGUUAUUUUGCUGGUAUUUUGUUUUGGAAAAGAAACCCUGGAAUGUCUGUGUCCCCCGCUUUAGAACUAUUGUGUGUCAAUACAAAUGACGUCUUCCUCGACGUCUCUAAACUGCUGCUCACGUAUGCGGACAACAUUUUAAGGUAUCCCAAUGAAGAAAAGUACAGAUCUAUCAGAAUUGGAAAUCCUACGUUUGCAACAAAGCUGCUGCCAACCAAAGGAGCUGUGGAGUGUCUUUUUGAGAUGGGAUUUGAAGAGGCUGAGACCCACUUGGUGUUCCCAAUGUCGGCAUCAGUGGAACAACUGAAGCUCCUCAGAGAUUCCAUUGCAGCCGAGAGAGAUAAGAGACUGCAACAAGGUGCACCUCAUCAACUAAGAACACCGCUUGUUCCAUCCUUGGAAGGAUCACAGAGCUCUACUGCUGCUUCCAGCCAGCCAGUCCUACCAACACAGUCAAAUUCCGUGGAGAACAGCAUGAAGUUCUUCGUUACUCUCCAGUCAAACUUCCAGCACGUGAUGUUGUACGAAAACGAAGACCUGCGGCGGAAAGCCCGCGGUGUUGUUCCUUGCCAGCAGCUGUCCUCCGCUGCUCAACACGAGCUCAAAAAGUUCAAAGAGGCCAAUCAAGAUUGUAACUUUGGACUGGACGACUUCUUGCUGCUGGAGUUACUCCGGUGGUUCAAGCAGGACUUCUUCUCCUGGGUCGACAGUUUAUGUUGUAGCUCCUGCGGAGGCUCCACGGAGAACAUUGGCUCCCUUACGCCCAGCACUGACGACCUGCGUUGGGGAGGUCAGCGAGUGGAGAACCAUUACUGUCACGGCUGCAAGCUCUCUAACAGGUUCCCGAGGUACAACAAUCCUGAGAAGCUGUUGGAAACCAGGAGAGGGCGUUGUGGGGAGUGGGCCAACUGUUUCACGUUGUGUUGCAGAGCCUUAGGCCUUGAGGCCAGGUAUAUAUGGUGCAGUAAAGACCACGUGUGGACAGAGGUUUACUCAGUGGCCCAGAAACGGUGGCUGCAUUGUGACUCGUGUGAGAAUGCCUGUGACAAGCCUCUACUGUACGAGAUUGGCUGGGGCAAGGAACUGGACUAUGUUCUGGCCUUCUCAAAGGACGAGGUGGUGGAUGUGACCUGGCGAUAUUCCUGCAAGCACCAGGUGAUUUUGUCAAGAAGAACUAGUGUUCAAGAGACCUGGCUACGUCAAACCAUCAGUGACCUUAAUGCUGCAAGACAGCAGGUGCUGAGUCUAGACAGGAAGAAACAGUUAACUGAGAGACUGCUUGUCGAGCUAGUAGAGUUCAUAUCUCCAAAGAAGCCAAAACCAGGAGAAUUGGGGGGACGCAACUCUGGCUCUCUAGCUUGGAGAAUGGCGAGGAGCGAGACAAAAGUGGCUCAUCCCGGGUCCUCUACCAAGAUUGCAGGUUUUGUGUUUACUCCCACUGAGAAGGAGGUGACUGACAGGAUACUGCACGUUCGCUACAAUUCCACCAAAGACCAGUAUUGUCGACAAUCCAACAGCUCUGAGACCGUACAGGGCUGGGACCAGUGCGUGUGGCAGAAGGAUUCUGUUUUCCGAAAGGUGGAAAAUGACUGGCAAAUGGUGUACAUAGCUCACACAGAAGAAUCAUCUACGGGACAAAUAAGUUGGAAGUUUGAUUUGGCCACAGUAAGGAUGAAGAUAAAGUCGGUUUCUAUUAUGGCCUGUAGUCAUACAUUCCACGAGGGAAAGGUUCGCUGGUACCUGCAGUCAAGCAACUGCCCCACGGAAUUUUCCGGAGAUGGGAAGAUGCAGUCAUUUCACCAUCUGUCUGGCUCUUCAGAGUUUUUGGUGGUAGCAGAACUUGGUGGUGGUGGAGAUGAUGGCGCAUCAUGGCAGCACUCGCAGCUGUUUAGGCAAAGCUUGAAAGACACAGAGAACACUUCAUUCGAAGUCCUCGUCCACUUCGAAGAUGCCUGACUGCUGUCGUGUAGAAAAAGGGAUGCAGCUGCCUGGGCAAUUUUCAACUGAAGCCCAUGUCAAAACUUACAUCGUAUACAGUGGCAAAGGUGAUGCUCACAUCUUUCCGUACGUUUUACUGAAACCCAAUUUUAGAAAUAAUUCCUUUCCUGAGUAUACGCCACAGACUGCCUAAAGAAGCAGCUGCUUUUGCACUUUAAGAUAGAUCUUAAAACACAAUUUGACUGUACACAAAAGUUAUACAUCCUUUCGUUGACUCCAGUGCAAUGCAAAGAAAAUUAUUCUAAAGAAACAAAACUAUAAGAUCAGACAGAAGUAGACAAAUAUUCCUCAUACUAAAAAAACCUAUUAAAAAUGUUAAAUAUAGGCCCAUUCUGUACAGACCUUGGUGAAAAAAAACAGGUUUGGCAAAUGGAUCUCUAGUACUGACUGCAGGUCAGAAUGUCAUUAACUUAAAAAAAACAACCUUUAGGUCUUUGCAACUUUCCGUAUGACCAUAUUAUACUAAUUGACUUCACUUGAUUAUAACCGAUGAUUUUCUUUUUGUUUUCAAAAGGCUCUAUACCUGACUACUCCAUUCACCAAAACAAUUAUGUUAUAACUAGGGAUGUCCAAUAUUAGCUUUUUGCUGAUAUCCUAUAUGCCGACAUUGUCCAAACAACUAAUUUCCAAUUCUGACAUCAACCUAUACCGAUACUUGCAGCCGUUUUUCCCUAACACUAUUCUAGGUCACUUCACAUCUCUCCUGCUGUGGAACUAACACAUUGCCUACCGUAUUUUCUGGACUAUAAGUCGCACUUUUUUUUUCAUCCUUUGGCUGGGUUUGUGACUUAUACUCAGGUGCGAUAUGUAUUAAAAUAUAUAAUUUACAUGUUCGUUAUUUUCAGCCUCUAGAGGGCACAUGAGGCUUGUGAACCAGAAUCUGCUACUCCUAUACCACUAAAAAUUUACAUGUUCGUUAUUUUCACACUGACAGCCGCUGGAUGGCACUGGCAACAUGUGGUUUUUUUUCUUUUUCAUUAUGCAUUUUUUGGGUGGAGGGAUUUAUAGUUUGGAAAACACAGUACUUUUAUAGUAAUCACUAAAGGCAUUCCACAAAUCACCAUUGUCUGUGCAAAAUAUAUAUUCUUAAGAGAUUCCAGCAUAUCUGGCAAAACCCAGGGAUUGCGUCAUGGGGUCUUGGAGGAAAAACCAAUAACGAUUCCUACCAAUGUUAAAUAAUUAUGAAGAUAUCGGGCCGAUAAUAUGGGUCAGAUGAUGGUAUUGGACAUCUCUAGUUAUAACUGUAAAGCUUCGUUUUACCUCAAGUUUUACCUCAAGUACCAGACGUACGAAGUGUCUGUAACUGGUGAUUUAAUCAAUUCAGGAUGCUUUAGUUCUAUCAUUAAUUAAGAAUAUGUGAAUAUUGUAAUGUCUUAAGGAAAUCUUUGGAUAAGCUGGGUAAAAUUGGCCUGGAUCAAGGCUGACAGUAAUGUUGGUAUGUGUGUUGUAGAAGUUGAUUCAAACAAUUCGUCGGGUGGAAUAAAAGAGAUUUUUCGCAGCAUGGUAGUUUUAGUUUUUCUAGAUUU